AUGUCGAGGUGUAAAGACAAGGACAAGAUUCCUAACAUCUUUGACAAAACCACUUAUUACCAAUGCGAAAACAACCAACUAACGCUGAUUUCAUGUCCUGCGAACAAAGUUUUUGAUUCAACAUCGUUGAACUGCAUCGAUUCUGACUCAGGUUCUGGAAGUGGUUCUGGAUCGAAGAACUGCACUCAUGGUGAAAUGGUUCCUGAUCAUUACGACAGAACUAAGUUCUACGUAUGUUACAAUGGUGAAUUGCGCUCUCAAGUAUGUCCGGACAGAAUGAAAUUCAACCCCAGAAAGAAGUUCUGUGAAAUCUCAAAUAGUAAAUGUGGUAACGUACCUCAUGGUGGAUUCGAACAAGCCGAAGGUCAACCCGACAAAUACUACGUAUGUGUCGAUGGAGAGAUGGUGCUUCAACUGUGUCCAGAAGGUCAACAAUUCAAUCCCUUCUUAGGUUUCUGCUCUAAAUUCAUUCCAGGACCAACACCUCGACCUCCACCACCGACAACUACACCCCCAGUUUUGAAUUGUGGUGCAUUCAACCAAGGAGCCUUCGUGCCAGACCCAGCGGAUGAGAGUCAAUAUUUCAUUUGUGUCCUGGGUAAAUUGUGGCCUCAGAAGUGUCCAGAUGGACAGGUCUUCAACAAGAACAUUUCGCAGUGCGUUAAUGUCGAACAACCCCCAGCAGCAGGUAGUUGUGGUCCAUUUGCCCCAGGACAUCGGCUCCCUGUUUGCGAGAACGGCUAUGAAAACUAUUACUUGAUUUGCGCAAUGGGAGUGUUCAUUCUUAAGGAAUGUGAGACAGGCUUUAAUUUCAAUCCAGUUAGCCAAAUUUGCGACAUACCGAUCACUGGAUCAAAGAAUUGUGGUUCGCUAUCAGAUGGUACUAUAUACCCAAAUCCUGAGAGUCAAACGUCAUAUUAUCAAUGCAUCAAUGGCCAGCCGAUCCUCGCGUCUUGCUCCCCCGGCUUCAUAUUUAAUUCGCAAUCAAACUUCUGUGUCAACCCUUGUGCCACAGUCAAGGCUGGCACUGCGAUGAAUCCAAACGAUGAUACGAGCUACCUCACAUGCGUGAAAAAUGAUGAUGGUAUUUGGAUAUGGAAUGGUGUCUACGAAAAAUGUGGGGCAGGCGACAAAUUUUAUCAAGCUUUAGUUGGAGUAAUUGGUAAUGGGUGUUACCCUGAGACAUCUAUUGAGAUAUGUCCUCCCGGACCAUCUUCAACAGGUAUUAAAUUAUACCCAAAAAGUACUUGUCAGGUUACAAAUGUUUACAUAGAUUGUUAUAAUGGAGAGGAUUGUGGCACACUACUAACUGGUAGCAUUUACCCAAAUGUCGCCGACCAAAACUCCUUCUAUCAAUGCAACAAUGGUCAGGCAAUUCUCAUAGCUUGCCCAGCAAGCUUUAUAUUUAAUUCGCAAUCAAGCUUCUGUGUCAACCCUUGUGACACACCCACAGGUGGCACUGCGAUGAAUCCAAACGAUGAUACGAGCUACCUCAUAUGUGAGAAUAAUAAUGGUAUUUGGACAUGGAGUGGUGAGCUCGGAAAAUGUGGAGCAGACGAGAAAUUUUAUCAAGCUUUAGUUGGGGUAAUUGGCAAUGGGUGUUACCCUUCGAAAUCUAUUGAGAUAUGUCCUCCCGGAUCAUCUUCAACAACUAUAAAAUUACUCCCAAGAGAAAAUUGUCCGAUAACAAACAUUUACAUUGAUUGUUAUAACGGAGUAGCAAGUGUACGAAAGUGUCCAUACAGCAGUGUGUUUGAUUCAGGAGCAUGCCUGGCGGCCCCUGUUGGGCUAAUUUUGCUAGGUGUCGUCGCACUUAUAGCAGCUGAUCAGCAAUGUUCAUCUGGAUCUUCUAAAGUCCCAGCGUUCCCGCAGGACCCUUCAUGCUUUAUAACGAACUAUUACUUGGAAUGCAAUAAUGGAGUGGCCACUGUGAAAAAGUGUCCUUCAGGAUAUCUAUUUGACAGUGAGUCCUUUGGGAUCCUGUUUCUUUCAACCCUUGUCUUCCAAGUUGCAUUGUCCAACUCUCUCAACAAUAAUGAGGAGGUCUCAGCUGCUGUGAAUGACAAACAGUCCAUACCAUCGGAUUUGAUUUGUUCAACCCGACAUGGUACUUGGUAUGGGGACGAAAAUGAUUGCACGAAAUUCUACGUUUGCAUCAAGGGCCAACCACGUCUACAACAAUGUCCUAGUGGAGAAUACUUCGAUGAUUCACGAAAAAUGUGCAUCCCUGGUACAUGCUCACACGCAUCCCAGAGAUUUGUAGAUGAUGCCAAGAAACCUGAAGGAAAACAUCAUCACGGAAAAUUGAAACAUGCACUAGGGAUGAAAAAAUCGAAAUCGGACCUGUGCGCCGAAAAGAAACAAGGGACCUACAUACCAGUUAAGGGAGAUUGUCAGAAGUUCUAUGUUUGCCUCGAUUCCGUUCCCGUUGAGCAUGCUUGCCCGAAAGGACAAUACUUCAAUGCGGCCGAACGAACUUGCAUGACAAACGACCAGAAUCAAUGUGAUGGUAACCAUGAAGAAAACCAACAUGUCAAAAAUGUCAUCAGCAAUACACCCAGCCACCUUAGAAAGGCAGCUCCCGCGAAGAGAGGAAAGCUCGAGUGUUUCGGAAAGCAUGGUGUCUUCCAGCCAGAUCCUUAUGAUUGUCGUCACUUCUUUGCCUGCGUCAAUGGCUGGAAGAUCGGUCAAUACUGUCACCCUGGAGAAUUUUUCGACACCCGAUCCCAUACCUGCAGAAAUGACGAGCAUAAUGUCUGCAGUACGUACCUAUUUAAUCAAAUGUUCAUGGAAAUGGAAGACAGCGAGGAAAGCGAGGAAGACGAUGAUGAAGACGAACUAAUGAUAAUUGACGUCACUUGCUUGGGACGAGAACAUGGCGACUUUCUCCCAGAUGAAGAUGAUUGCACUGCAUACUUUGUAUGCUCCAAUGGCUUCGCAAUCCCGAAACAAUGUCCAUCUUCUCACUUUUUCGAUCAAAGCAAACAGAUCUGCCGCCCUAGUGAUGGAUCAUGUGCCCCUCUUGAGACCCCAGUUGAACCCACCGAGCUUCCAAUCUAUCUGGCACCCACCGAUAAUUCAUCAAUUUGCACUGGAAAACAUGGCAUAAUCGUUCCAGAUCAAAAGGACUGCACGAGCUUCUAUCUUUGCAUCUAUGGACGCGCCCACCAUGAUCGUUGCUUUGAUGGAGAGUAUUUCGACAGUCAAAAACGGCAUUGCACUCCAAAUAAAGGACAAUGCGCAAACGCCGAUAUUCCAUCAAACGAUAAACCUAGCGAAACCAAUGACGACAAAGAAGCAAGCAAUAUCUGCAAUGGAUACUUUGAUGGUGCCCACCUGCCUAACUCAGCAAGCUGCAACAAAUUCUUCGUAUGCAUCGACGGAAUUCCGGUCCCAGAACAAUGCAGCAGUGGCGAAUUCUUUGACAGUAUCCAUGGCUACUGUCGGCCGAACCAAAAUGGCGCCGAUAGCUGUUCCAAAACCGAAUCUGAUGAAGGUAUAUGCCAAGGGAAGCAUGGUAUUCACAUCGAGCACCCAGAUGACUGUAGAAAGUACUUCUUGUGUGUAAAUGGACAAGCUUUGGUUCACGACUGUAAUAUCAAUGAAUAUUUCAAUAUGAGAACAGGAUCUUGUAUUUUGGACGUUGAUGGUAAAUGUACAGGAAUUAAAAUCGAGCAAAUAGAACUGAGUCAGCCGAAGGAAGAUGUAGAUGUUAGUGGAAGCCAGCAAGCAUCUGGUAAUAGCGAAAAGGAGAGUCCAGUUUCGAAGGACGAUCAAGAAGAAAGAGAAACUGUAAAGGAGCUUGUUAAAGACACUUCGAAGGAGCCUGUUGAAGAGACUCCGAAGAAGCCUCUUGAAGAGACUCCAAAGAAGCCUCUUGAAGAGACUCUGAAGGAGAUUUUUGCAGAAAUUCCGAAGAAGCCUGUUGAAGAAGCUCCGAACAAGCCUGUUAAGGAAACUCCAAAGAAACCAGUAAAGGGACCCAUCAAGGAUGAUGUCCACAAGAGACCAGAACAUGUGAAGGAAAUAAAUAAAAAGCCAACUGCAUUGACCAGUAUUCCGAAAUGCGUCUCAGGAGUCAACGAAUACGUGUUCUAUCCUAACGUAAAUGACGGUUGCAGGACCUUCUACGAAUGUGUACAUGGAGAACCGAUUAUUCACUCCUGUCCAAUUGGCUUUAUUUUCAACGCUGUUUUGAAUAUUUGCGACGUUCCAGAUUUUGUCGAAUGCACCCACACAAUGCAUAUCAACGAAGUUCGUGAUCCAUCAUGCGAAGGAGCCAUUUCCGGUGUACGUUAUGCAAACUAUGAUAAUGGUUGCAAGUCCUUCUACCUUUGUGCCCACGGUAAUGCCAUACAAACAUUCUGCGGGGAAGGCUUACUCUACAAUCCAAUGAUGGGAGUCUGUGAUUGGGCAACGAACGUUCAUUGCGCAUCAACAAACACACAUGAGCCCCUUCCAGUAUUGAAAAGGCAUUGGUAAUCAGUAAUAGGCUACGAGAAAGGACGAUUCAUCUCUUCAUCUUCUACGAAAAAGCAUGAUAAAAUUAUUAUUGUUGUUGUUAUUCGGCCGGUUGUUAUCUGAAUUCUUUUGGGUGUGGCUUUAGUUUUUAAAAAUGGGGCUAAAAGCAAAUAUAUGAAAAUAUUUUGUCAA